AUGGCCGAACUCACCCACUUGAACGAAGCCUCGGUCGUGCACAACCUGCACAUGCGAUACCAAGCCGAUCUUAUUUAUACCUACUCUGGACUUUUCUUGGUCACAGUCAACCCAUACUGUCCUCUCCCCAUCUACGGCCGGGACUAUGUCAACAUGUACAAAGGCAGAAGUCGCGAAGACACAAAACCACAUAUCUUUGCUAUGGCCGACGAAGCCUUCCGGAAUCUCGUUGACGAGGGCACCAACCAGAGUAUCCUUGUCACGGGUGAAUCUGGUGCAGGAAAAACAGAAAACACAAAGAAAGUAAUCCAAUAUCUCGCUGCGGUGGCUACAUCAGACACUCCUCGCGCUAAGAACACCACGAGACAACCAUCCAACUUGUCCGAGCAAAUCCUGAGAGCCAAUCCUAUUCUCGAAGCCUUUGGUAACGCUCAGACUGUUCGAAACAACAACUCGUCACGUUUUGGCAAGUUUAUUCGUAUCGCCUUCACCCGAGCUGGCCAGAUCGCGGGCGCAUUCAUCGACUGGUAUCUGCUCGAGAAGAGUAGGGUAGUGCGUCUGAAUUCUCAAGAACGCAGCUACCACAUUUUCUACCAGCUCCUUGCUGGUGUUGAUGACGCGGCUCGUGGUGAGUUUUUGCUAGAAGGCAUGGAACUUGAAGACUUCGAGUACACCAGGCAAGGUAACGAUGUCAUCUCUGGUGUCUCAGAUAAGGACGAAUGGAAUUAUCUGUUGGAAGCCUUCCAUAUCAUGGGUUUCGACGACAAAGAUCAGAAGUCGAUUCUGCAAACUGUGGCUGCCAUUCUCCACCUUGGUAACAUCACCGUUGCAAAGGAAAGCAUGCGUGCAGACCAGGCGUCCUUAGCGGCCAAUGCCAUGGAGAGUGUCGAGAAGUUCUGCCGACUGGUCGGUAUUCCUGUUGAACCCUUUGUCGAAGGUUUACUACAUCCUCGUGUCAAGGCUGGCAGAGAAUGGGUCAAGAAAGUCCAAACACCAGAACAGGUUCGCCUAGCGAUCGAUGCGCUGGCCAAGGGUAUCUACGAACGUGGAUUUGGCAACCUUGUAGACCGCAUCAACAAACAACUGGACCGAUCUGGAUCUGGUAUGGACGACACAUACUUCAUCGGUGUUUUGGAUAUCGCCGGUUUCGAAAUCUUUGAAGAAAACAGCUUCGAGCAGUUGUGCAUCAACUACACCAACGAAAAGUUGCAGCAGUUCUUCAACCACCACAUGUUCGUCUUGGAACAGGAAGAGUACGCUCGAGAGCAGAUCGAGUGGAAGUUCAUCGAUUUUGGCAAGGACUUGCAACCCACCAUCGAGCUCAUCGAAGUGACCAAUCCUAUUGGUAUCUUCUCUUGCUUAGACGAAGACUCCGUUAUGCCGAAGGCCACCGACAAGUCGUUUACCGAGAAGCUGAACUUUCUUUGGGAUCGCAAAUCGUCGAAGUAUCGCAGAUCGCUUCUCAAGCAGGGUUUCACGUUGACACAUUACGCUGCUGAUGUAGAGUAUUCUACUGAAGGCUGGCUAGAGAAGAACAAAGAUCCUAUGAACGAUAACGUGACUCGACUUCUCGCUGCCUCUACGAACAAGCAUGUCUCUCAUCUGUUCGCUGAUUGUCAGGACAACGAUGAGGACACAGGUGCAACCAGAAAUCGAGUCAAAAGGGGCUCUUCAGAACAGUUGCGCAGAGGCACAAGGAGAACUUGUCAACGCUGA